UUGAUACAAAAAUGUUUGCUAGUUAUUGUGAUUUGUAACUUACACCUCAAGUAGUGCAAGGAAUCAUGGCUUUUUAUUAUUCUAUGCUUUAUUUAUUAUAUAUAUAAGUAGAAGAUUUAGACAUUCUUACCAAUGCAUGGUUCUUGUACUACCUAGAUCAUGAUGAUUAGUAAUUCGCAGUUUUACUUGGUAACUUUCUUGGUUUUGUUGUGCAUAGUUUCUUCUGUACGGAGUGCUGAUAUUAAAACUUUCAAUGUCAUCGAUUUUGGGGCUGUCGGAGAUGGAAGAACUGAUGAUCUCCCGGCUUUCCUCAAGGCAUGGGAAGCUGUAUGUCAAUCGGAAUCCAGUCGUGUAAUUCUUGUUAUACCAAAAAGAAAGAAAUUCUUACUUAAGCCUUCGGAAUUUGAUGGUCCUUGCAAGCCCUCCAGUAUACAUAUUCAGGUAUCUGGAAAUAUAAUUGCACCUAACUCAAAAUCAGCAUGGGAUGGAGCUGCAACCAAUGCAUGGCUCACUUUUGCGAAUAUUGACCAUCUUACUGUAAAUGGCAAUGGAGUUUUUGAUGGCCAAGGCCAUAUAUGGUGGUCAAAUGCUUGCACCAAUGAUAACACAUCCCCAGAAACACAAUGCAAAGGACCCACUGCAUUGAUUUUCAGAAGAUGUGAUCAGCUUCGAGUCAGGGGAGUAACGAUAAUUAGAAGUGCUAGAAGUCAUAUCAUAUUGACUGCUUGCAAUGAAGUUAGCAUUGCUAAUAUUCGUAUUAUGUCCCCUGGUGAUAGUCUCAACACCGAUGGGAUUGACGUUUCCGGUAGCACUAAUGUACAAAUACAAAACUCUCUCAUCGCAACAGGUGACGACUGUAUUGCAAUAGGAGGAGGAUCGUCCAACAUUAGUAUUAGCGGCAUAACAUGCGGACCUGGCCAUGGUAUUAGUAUUGGAUCCUUGGGAGAAGGAGGAUUUGAAGUCGUGGAAGAUGUGAAUGUAAGAAAUUGCACGAUGAAAGACACCUUAGCAGGAGUAAGGAUUAAGACCUGGCAGGGAGGCGAAGGGUAUGCAAGGAGGAUUGCUUUUGAAGGAAUUGUAUUUAUUGCAGUCAACAAUCCCAUCAUCCUCGACCAGUUUUACUGUCCCAGUCGAGUCAAUUGCAAAAAAGAUACAGCUGCAGUAGCAUUGAGUGACAUAACAUUCAGAGGAAUACUAGGGACUUCCCUGAUGGACGAGGUGAUAAAUCUGAGCUGCAGCGAGACUGUCGGCUGCAAAAACAUACUUGUUGAUCGAGUAUAUAUAUCAUCUGUUAAUGGUAACCCUGUUCAUGCCAAGUGCAUCAAUGCUCAUGGAAGAUACACUCAUACUAGCCCUGCUGUGAAAUGUCUGCUGCUGCCAUAGUUUUAAUGUCUCAAUGCCUUAUUGUUCAACAAAGACUAUUAAAGGAGUAGAUUGGGAGAAGGAGAGACACGUACCAUUCUUCUCAACUAUUAUAGACUUAUUAUAGCUAAAUCGUUAUUUAAGAAGUUGUUAUAUUCAAGUCUUAUGGAAUACAGUUUCUGUAAUGAAUAACCCAGAAGUCAAAAGCCACUAUUGUGUUUUUCUUUUCUUGAUAUAUCUUUUCUUCUUCUUAAAACCGGUAACUCUCUUUAUUUGAUUUGUUCAUUAGCCACAAUAUUAUUAUGUGCAAAACAUUCUAUUCAACUGUUAUAAUCUUACAUCUAUGUCGUUAUUUUAGGGAAUUAUUCAACUGUUAUAAUCUUACAUCUAUGUCGUUAUUUUAGGGAAUUAUCAGAUUCAAGGCUUAUGGAUA